AUGGCGCCUCAAUAUGCCGUGUCAGACUCCGACGCAGAGUCCGAGCUGAGUCAACCCCCAAUGCCCUCCGACGAAGCUCUAGAGAAGGCUCUCCGCAAUGCAGUCGCCAAUAUAUAUAAGUCGGGGAAGAUGGAAGAAUUGACCGUCAAGCGCGUGCGAUUGGCAGCGGAGCGAGCGCUCGACCUCGAAGAAGGGUUCUACAAGGGGAGCGAUACCUGGAAGGCGAAAAGUGAUCAGAUUAUCAAGGAUGAAGUGGAAGUACAAGACAAAGCCGCGCAAGAACCGGAAUCGGAGACGAAGGAUGAAGAUGUUGUCUCCCCUCCCCCAAAAGUCGCAAAGGCAACGAAGCGCACGAAAUCCGCGAAUACCUCAACGUCAAGGAAACGCAGGAAGACGGCUUCCGCAGAACCCCAGGACGAAGAAUCAGAAUUGUCCGACCCGCUUAGCGAAAGUGAAGCAGAGGAAGUCAUACAGAAACCUGUCAAACGACAGUCAAAAUCAAAGAAAGACCAGAAACUGCAAACAAAAUCAGACAAUAAUGAUGUAUCUGAUGAGUCUGAUGAAGCAGGGGAAGAAGCAGCGAAGGAAACCACCGAAAAGGUGGAUUCCGACAGUGAAAUGUCAAUUGUCCUCGAUGAGGAACCAAAGCCCACUCGCAAACGCGGUAAAAGCUCCGAGGCGGCAUCACAAAAAGGGAAGAAGAAGGCUGUGGGUAAGUCCAAGGAUGGAAAUCUUGAUCCCAAUGAGGCCGAGAUCAAACGGCUGCAGGGAUGGCUUGUCAAGUGUGGAAUUCGCAAAGUGUGGUCGCGAGAGCUGGCUUCAUACGACACAUCAAAAGCGAAGGUCAAACAUCUCAAGGACAUGCUGAAAGAUGUUGGCAUGGAAGGACGCUACUCACUGGAAAAGGCCAGGCAAAUCAAGGAAGAACGAGAACUGCAGGCUGACCUUGAGAUGAUCAAGGAAGGGGAGAAGCAAUGGGGCAGAGGAAGUGUCGAAGAGGAGAGCGACCGCAAUCAACCUCGUCGGAGACUGAACCGGGGGCGCCAGACUCUUGCUUUUCUUGACAGCGAUGGUGAGGAGACUGAUUGA